GAUCCUUGUUUUCUCUGUGCUGCCAGUAAAACCUCUCUCUCCCUCCUCUCUUCUAAUAUCUUAAGUAUUAAACAAGAUGUGAGCCUUUUCCUCAAGAUCUAAAUAGGUUCCUUCAAUACUCUUUUCUCCCUAUUCAGCAAAUGAAACAGACUCUGCAGUAAUAACUCCUCACUUUAUAUUGCCCUUAUUCUUUUGUUAAGUUAAUUCUUGCAGGCUUUGAAGUCCCAUCCUAAAUGCUGCUCUCAACUUACUUUUUUAUUUGCCGCCCAUCCUAAAUUAAGGGCUAGCAUACUCUGCUCUUUCUUUCCAUACCCUGCUCCUUUGGUUAUACUACAACUCCUCCUCUUCAGGUAACUAACUACAUGCAUAAUUUAUUGUAGCUGGACAUUCUUCCUCUGUGUCACUCUUUCCUCCUCCAAUCUACAGGCUUUUGAAUCGCAGAUGGACAUUAUCCAGCCAUUAAUUCUAAUUACCCAUCUCAUUUUCAACUUUUGAGAAUAGUCUGAACAAAUGAACCCUUAAUUUCCAUUUCUGAGGAAAUUCUGUAUACAUUUUUCCAUCUGAAGCUUUAUACAGUUGACUCUUGUCUUGCGUCCUUAUUAAUGUGCCUGACUAUUUUGUUGUUAUUGCCCCAUUACCUUGUAGAUUCAGCCCAGGGAAUAAUUGUCAAACGUAGUUUACUUAAAAGUACAUACUGUUUAUUAGCAAGCUUGCAUCACACAGUUGACAAAAUAGAGUAGCCACUCACAGAGCCCGGGAAAAUCUGCAAUUAAGUGAGCACUGUGUGGGACAGCUGUUAUACAUUUGUUAUCACAUACAUACUCUGAUUGUUGUUAGGCAUCCUUGGUCACUUUCCCAUGGAACAAACUCUUCCGUGUUCAUUAGUUAUCUUUGCAACAUUAUUAGCCAAGCUGCAAAUAAGUCAGUUAGGUCUUAGCCCUUUUAAUUCUGCAUAGAAUUCCUCAUUCCCUCCUGUUAUCAUUCCAUGACAACUAGGAUUGUCAAUGUCGUACAAUGUUGUACAUCUUAAUUUUCAUUUUCGUGUAAGUAGGGUGCAUAGUAACCCUUGGGAUAAGCCGAAGGGCUUUCCGUGUCAUCAUAGUCUCCAUUCUCAUCAUUUGUACCUCGGUCUCUCUGUGGUCCCCUUCCUUCUAGGGGGACUCUUUGUAUAAAUAUCUCUGUGGGUGUAGGGCAAAAGUACCGGCUGACAAGGGGCUGGAAACAUUGGAAAAGUUCAAUAAGUAUGAAUACUCCUGUGAUGACUAUAGCAUUAUGUAGCAGUACACUGCUCCAUCCUGCGAAGAUGCCGCUGACCGCUACAUUCCUCCUUUUGAGCUAAAGCCAUGUAGGUUGGCCCUGAUUUUCCGGAUUUUAUUUACAUCGUUUUGAAUGUGAACAAAGAGAGAGGUAAUGUUCUCUGAUUCAUCUGGGAUGUAGGUGCAGCACUCUUGUCCUAUAAUGGCACAUGCACCUCCUUUUUCAGCCAGAACAAAAUCGAGGGCCAUUCGGUUCUGCAGAACCAUCUUGCGUAGCGCCAUUGCCAUCAUUUCAGUGGUGAUGGCCCUCACCUGAUGCUGGACACCAUUCAUGGCCUUAGCGGUACUAUUGGCCAUCUCCUCCAAAACUGGGGCCAGGUUAAUGAUUUCUCUUGAAUUGCAGCCGCCCCAUAGGAGGGGAAAGCUGUCAUCCAGAAGCGCUCCAGUUGUGAGAUUCCUCGCUUUUGCUGUAGGAGGGAAAGGUGCUGGUCCAAGGUUUUCAGCAUUCGCGUGUGGGAUACAAGGUUCCCUUCAGCUAAGAAAUGAUGUUACUGGAACUUGUGACUGCAACCUUGUGCCUGGGAAUGCCAAGAAGUGCCGAAUGCGUUGCAGCAAGACAUCAAAGGUCUAUGAACACUGUGGGUUCCAGCUGCCAGGGUCAUCGACUGUUCAUUAUGGACACCCUUUCAGGACCAUGCUUCCUGUGUGGCACGGAUGCUCAGGAGCAUCUGUUUUAGUUAACGCACAUGAUCCAGAAAAAGCCUUUGAGAUUCCACCAUGGAAUUUUACGAUGUUUUGCACACUGCAGAAGCACGGAGCUACUGAAAAACACAGAAGCUGGCAGACCCAGUUGUACAGGAAUUCAAGCUGUCUCCAUUCUUCGCUUAGUGAGUAUAUGCGAAUUGCAAAUACAUCACGUUCAACGGACCAAGAUGGCUUUAGCUGCUGUCUCUGGAAAGAGGCUGAUGCGCAUUGCCCUGCACAGUUCAUCAAACAAGAGAAAAGUAUAAGAAUCGACAUCAAGUGUUGGGCAACCGAAGACCUAACAUUGUUCGUCUGUACAUUGGACCCAGAAGGUUGGAAAAUGAGCAAGUUUGCAAAGUACAGAAUGAAGCAUCAAAAUCAGCUGUUAUUUGACCAGAAGGAAAGCAACACCUCAACUUACAGUAGUAGUUGUGUGGAGCAGCAAGUAAUUCAAUGCACCAUCCCUUCCCCCGAUCUCAAUCACAAGUAUUUCAUCUGGAUAGAGCUGAUUACCAAUUCUGGAACUUUGCAGUCACCUUUGAUGUUUGUCAUGCCAAUAAAUGUAGUGAAGGUAAAUCCUCCCCAGAAUCUUCAGACUGAAAUGACAGUUGAAGGAAUUUUCAACCUUAGUUGGUCAAGCCCAAACCCUGAACCAUACCUCCUCCAGUUUGAGGUAAAAUACUCCACAGGCAACCCAGAGAGGGUCUGGAAGGUUAAGGAUAUCUGGCAAAACUCUUUGAUUCUUCAUAAUUUGGAGAGUGGCCAAACUUAUCGUAUUGUCAUUCGCUGUAAACGUCGUAGUGGCCCAGGGUUUUGGAGUGAUUGGAGUGAUCCCCUACAAGUGAACGUACAGGAAAUUACUUAUUACCCAUCCCAAGUGCUGACAACUGUUGGCUCGGAUGUCACUGUACGGUGCAUUUUCUAUAAUCGGACUCUGACCAAUUAUAGUGUAGCCUGGUGGUUAAAUAUGCAUGAGAAAAUUCCAGAAGAUAAUUAUGCUUUAAUCAGUGAUCAUGAAACUAGUGUCACUCUCCUCAAUGUAACAUCAAAUGGACAGUCUGGAUUCAACAUAUUGCAGUGUUGCCUGCAAGAUGAACAAAGAAGUAUAUGUAACUUUCGCUAUGCUGAAAUAAUUAUAAUUGACUCAAAAAUUAAUAUUUCAUGCCAGACUGAUGGUGCAUUGGAAACAAUGAUCUGCAGAUGGCACACAAAUAUAUGGAAACCAGAAGCUGUCGGUGACUACAAGUUAAAAUAUUACAUGAAAGAGUCUUGGUGUGAUAACUCGCAAGUUGAAAGCAAUAGCAUUGAUGUUGAGGAAUGCACAGUGCAAAAAAAUGAAUUUGGCCAUUGUCUUAUCAAGCCAAUUAAUGUCACUUUUGGCCAUGUGAUGUGGGUGGAAUUCAGCCUUCAAGAGGUGGCGUUCAAAUCUGAACCAACCUGCGUGAUUCCCAUGGACAUGGUGAAACCUUGGGCACCCUCUAAUGUUGAUGCAGAAAUGACCUUAAAUGGAAGUUAUCUAAAUAUAAGCUGGGAAAAGCCUCUUCUGCCACCUUACACACUUCUGUUUGAAAUUCAGUACUCUGAGGAUGGAAUAGAGAGUAAUUGGAAGACUUUAUUUGCUGUCAAUGAGACAUUUAUCAUCACUGAAGUAGCUGAUCCUUGUGCGAUAUAUGUUGUCCGUGUACGCUGUAUGAGGUUUGAAGGACCUGGAUACCAAAGUGAAUGGAGCAGUUUAGUGAAUACAAAUCUUGCAGACAUCCAGGAACCAACCACAGGGCCUGACUUUUGGCGAUUUAUUGAUAGUGAUCCCUUGACCAAGCAGUCAAAUAUCACACUGAUGUGGAAGCCUCUGACGAAAAGUGAAGCCAUGUGCACUGUGAAGGAUUAUACAUUGAAAUAUCAAUCAAAAGAAAAUAUUACAUGGUUGAAACGUGUUGGAGAUGUUACAAGUUACAGCUUUCCUCUGACAAAUGAAAUUAAAAGUGUCUCUGUGAUUGCUAUCAAUUCUAUUGGUUCUUCCAGAAGGAAUUUUAAAUUAAUCUUGUCAAAGGACAACAGCAAAGCAGAGACUGUUCUUCAUUCACUUCAUGCCUCCGUAAUAAACAACAGUUGUGUAGCUGUUUCUUGGAGAGUGCUUCCUCUUAAUUGCCAGCCAACGUCUUUUGUGAUAGAAUGGAAAAGCCUGGCAAAUAACCGUGUGAAGAACUUAAAGUGGAUAAGGGCUUCUGAGAACCUUACAAGCGUCUACAUUCAUGACCAUUUUUAUCCAUCUGUUCAGUACCAACUGACGAUAUAUCCAAUUUUCUCUGAAAAGGAAGGACAACCAAGCAGCCUUUAUAUGAAGAUUAAAAAUGAAGGAGAAGUGACACGAGCCAACAAUGACGGAAUGCAGAAUGUCAUUCUACCACUCGUAUUUUUAUCCUCGGUUUUAUUGAUUGGAAUCUUUUUGAUAUCCAAGCAAAGAAUAAGAAGUCUUGUCUGGAAAGAAGUUCCUAAUCCUAACAAAUGCUCGUGGGCUCAAGGAAUUAACUUUAAAAAGCCUGACGCUGCUGCCAAUGUAUUUGGGAAAUACAGUCAAGGUGUAUUACCCGUUUCCCCACAACUUGUGGAAUCAGAAAUAUUUGCUGCAGCAAUCAUAGAAGAGAUAAUACAAUUUAAAGAAGACAAAAGUGUAAUUGCUGUGGAUUCUGGAAGUGAGGUAGUAAUGAAGCAAAAUGCAAAUUCAUCAGAUAUUCAAGGUCUGAGUGAAAGUAAUAACAUAGAUAGCAAAAUAGAAGACAAUGUGGAAACUACUUGUGCACAGUCAAAAUCUGAAUAUUCGAAGAUUAUGAUAGACGUGGAAAUGGAUCCACUUUGCACAAAACAGAAGUGCGUAAGCAGCUAUUCCGAUGAAGGUGUGUAUUCAGGCAAUGAAACUGACAGUUCUAGUAAUGAAUCUAAUAACCUGUGGGAAUUUCAAAAACAUACACUCAUGCAGUUAAUCCAAUUUGAUGAAGCCAAUUCAAGUUCUAUUAUUUCUUCAGAGGGUUUCUCUGAAUCUCAUGAACAAGAAAGCAAAGUCUUCUUCAAUGGCAAUGAUGAAGGAGUAGAUUUUUGUUACUUGGAACAGACUUCAUUUGAGGACGUUGCUAACAGUAACAUAGAAGGACACACUGUGCAAGAGCUGCCACUUCUGGAAAAAUGUUUAUCUCUGGACUUUCAGAAUCCAUCUGAAAUUUAUUCAAUAUCUUACCUGAAUUCAUUGUUGAAAUUCAGCCUGAAUGGAGAUCACCCUCCUCAGAGGGCACUCAGGUCAUAUAUGCCUCAGUUUCAAACAGACUUCUAAGCACUGAAAAGCAAGCAAUAUUGAUGACCAAAUAUCAUCUAGCCAUCUUAAAGGUUAGCCUGCAAUUGACUGAUGUUUUUGACUAUGUAUACAUUACAUUGUAUCAUUUUGUGUUGUCUAAAUCCAUUCCAAACCCAGGACGAGUGUGUUCAUGAAUAAUGGCCUUAUGUGUACUGAGCAUUUCAUUCUUGCACCCUAUUAAUUUGAUUAGCUAAUAAUAUUAGAAAGGAUGGUAAGACAGUGCAAUAAAUUCAAAAAGCCAUAAAAGAUUAAUUAUUAAUCAGUAAUUAUUGAUAAGGUAUUGAAUUAAGUUCUAUGGCUUUAAAAAUCACAAAUUAAGGCAUAAUAUUUUGGAAGUGGAUGGGAUUUCAUCGAGGUUAGAAUGCCCAAAAUAGAAAGUACAUACAGGGUACCACUUAAAUUUCAGAAGCAUGACAUUAGUAUAAGUACAAAGAAGAGAGUAAAGUUUAAAGGACUGAGGUGGUCUCUAGAUUAAAUUCUAUGCCUUGAUAUCAUUAAGUACCUUGAUAACUUCAACGGUUUGAGUGUUACAUUGGCAUAAGGUGGGUCUCGGCCUGAAACGUCGACUGCGCCUCUUCCUAUAGAUGCUGCUUGGCCUGCUGCGUUCACCAGCAACUUUGAUGUAUAUUGCUUGAAUUUCCAGCAUCUGCAGAAUUCCUGUUGUUUGCGUUUAAACUCUGAUUAAUCUGAUAUGAUUCCAUUAGAAUGCAUAGAACUCUGAGCCUGUACUGUCAACCUAUUAAAUAAACGCUGAUACGACUUCUACUUUACAUCAUACACAAAUAGAGGCUCUCAUUGACGCAUCAGUAUCUUUUUAUACAAAGAAUAAAUAAAUUCAAAAUAUUCAUUCUACUAACCAAUGUCAUGUACCAUCACUUAAUGCUGAAUUCACCAUUAUUCCUUCAAGAAGCUUAGCACAUAUUUUUCUGAGCCUUGAUUAAACUUGAUGCCUUGAGGGCUUUGUUCAGUGUUAAGCCUGCAUGCCAUUUACUUACUGUGCAGGGGCUUAUAUGUUUGGUGCCAAUAUGAUGGUAACAAGUUUAAUGCAUGAACCUUGAUAUGAUCUCCAAACACUAAAGGUCCACACUUUGUUUCUGGACUACAGAAAUAAAAAAUCAGCCAAAGUCCAUGUAAAGAAUCAUUGAUUUAUGUUGAAAGUCAUUGAAUCUUUAUAGGAGUCUAUUUUCCAGCAUAAAACCAGGAAAGCAGAUUCUUUUCUGAAGUAAAUGGGAUACUUUUUAUCCAGAGAAUAGUUGGAGAUCAGUCUUUAAGCUGAUAACAGUGUGUGAAAUUGGAAUUAAUUUAUUAUUGUCACGUGGACUGAGAUACACUGAAAAACAUUUUGCAAGUCAUCAUGUGCAUCAUUUCAACACACAAAUACAUUGAAGACAAGGGAAACACAGCAGAGAAGGAAGAACGUAGUGUUACAGAGAAAGUGCAGUGCAGUAAUGGGGUAGGUUGUGAAUUCCUUAAUGAUGGAUGCAACCUUUUGAAGAUGUCCUUGUUGGUGGGAAGGCUUGUGCCCAUGGUGGAAAUGGCUGAGUCUACAAGCCUCAGUAGCUUUUCUUGUUCCUAUGCAUUGGCGCCUCCAUGCAAAGCAGUGAUGCAACCAGUCAGAAUGCUCCCCUUGGUAGAAAUUUGCAAGUGGGGUAUGCUGAAUCUCCUUUGUUUUCUGAGGAAGUAGAGUGCAGGUGUGUUUUUUUUUUGCCCUAUGUGGUUGGGCACCAACAGACCAUUGGUGAUAUUUACAGCAAGGAACUUGACCAUCAUCAUUGAUAAAUACAGGAACAUGUGCUCCACCCUGCCUCCUGCAGCUCUUGUUUUGCUGAUAUUGAGAGAAAGUUUGUUUUCCAUGACAACAUGUUCAUAGGUUUUCUAUUUCUUACCUGAUUCAGCUGAAGCAGGUAGGUGCGAGCCAUGUUUCGAUGUGUCUGAUCCCUUCAAUAUGUAACUUUCACUUUAAAUUCAUCUCCUUUAGUUUCAAUGACCUAGGUGUUUGCUGGGAUUACACUGGGGAGGUAGGGACUUGAUUCUGGUUUACUUGUUAUUUGAGAUCUGGUCUACUAUGGUGAACUUGUAGAAUCUGGCCACUGCAUAGGGAAUAAAGUAGGGAGGAGAGGACUCAACCUUGUGGGUCACCAAUACCGAGGACAGUCGUGGAUGAGGCAUUGCUGUCUAUGCUUAUCUGCGAACAAAUGCAAUCUUCUACCUGCUUCUGCAGUAAUAAAUAGGCCAAGGUUAUCUGGGAAGUUGGAGAUGAUGUGACCAUGACUAGCCUAUUGAAUCAUGUAAUGAUGUUAUCUGAAUUGCUAUGUCAGUGAUUAAUGAAGUGAAACACUCCCUGUUAUCCUCCUCUUCCUUCAAUCAUUACAAACCACACUUACAUAAUAUGGGCAAAAUAACAACGAUAGAGAAAAGAUAGGAAAGGAGCAUUUUCCAUUUGAAGUAUACAUUGAUUUACACUACUAUUAAUGUGCCUUUUGCAAAAUUAUACCAUUUGAAAGAAAUAUAUAGAUAUGAAAUAUUCCUUCAUACAUUUUAAUGCUGAAAAUAUUUACAUGCUAAAGUUUAUUUUUUCACUAAAUGAGGCUUGCAGUUGAAAAUGUGGAAAUGUAAAAUUGUCCCUUAUAUCAAGGAUUGGAAUGUUUUGCAUUUUGUGAUUAUUUUUUUAUUCUACAUAUAGUUUAGCAUCUUUGUUAUGUGUGUGGUGCUAAAUGUUAUAACUUACAACAAAUUGUAUAUAUUUGCAUUUAAUAACCUGUUUGGUUCAUAAAAACAUAAGAAAUAAAACCAGAACUAGGCCACUCCACCUUUGUG